CAAACGUGGCUGUGUGGCGCUAAGAAGACUUCACGCUGCAGUCACCUCUGAGCAAACAUAUCAUUUACUCGCAGAUUGUGGAUGUUUUUUGCACAGCACCAGGGUUUCUGGUGACUUGUGUUUCACUUUGACAGAAUAUCUCCAUCACCUGGGCUGUUUUUUUUUUUUUUGCGGACUUUGCGGAUUUUGUAAACAAAAUGUGGGGGAUCCAGAGGACGCGAUAUGCUGACUGUAACGGUUCUGAAGCCAGUGAAGAGACGGAGAUUGUUGUCAACAUCGGCGGUGUGAAACAGGUGUUGUAUGGGGACGUGUUGAAUCGUUACCCGGACACGCGGCUGGCAGAAUUGGUGGACUGUUCGCUAAAGUCCUCUGAAGAAAUAUCCUCACUAUGUGACGACUACGACCCGGACACGGGGGAAUUUUAUUUUGACAGAGACCCUGAAGCCUUUAAGUGUAUAAUUGAACUGUAUUGUUAUGGAGAGAUUCACAUAAAACGAGGCAUUUGUCCAAUUUGUUUUAUGAAGGAGAUGGAGUUCUGGAAGAUCGACCCUGAUUUUCUGGACGACUGUUGUAAAUGCCACCUGAAUGAGGUAGAGGAUGAACUUGCAGAGAUCGCAGAGAAAGUGAGGACUAUCCUGGUGGACCGAGAGGGAGAUCCGUCUGCAGCUGGCUGGCAGCGCUUCCAGAUGUACCUCUGGAGGCUGAUGGAGAAGCCGGAGUCCUCGCUGCCUGCGCAGAUCAUCGCUAUAGUUUCUUUCAUCUUCAUACUCGUCUCAUCCGUGGUGAUGUGUGUUGGGACUAUCCCCGACCUGCAGGUGGAGGACUCGGAGGGUAACCUCACGGAGAACCCAACUCUGGAGGUCAUCGAGACAUUGUGCAUCGGCUGGUUCACUAUCGAAUACAUCCUGCGCCUGAUCUCUUCCCCAAACAAAAUUAAAUUUUGCCUGGCUUUCAUGAACAUCAUCGACUUCAUGGCGAUCAUGCCCUUCUUCGUGGUGCUCAUUCUGACCUCCUUCGGCACAGGAGUGAUGGAGCUGGCUAAUGUGCAGCAGGCGGUGCAGGCUUUACGCAUAAUGCGCAUUGCGCGCAUUUUCAAGCUGGCAAGACAUUCCUCCGGACUCCAGACCCUCACAUCUGCCUUGAAGAGCAGCUUCAAAGAGCUCGGGUUGCUACUCAUGUACAUGGGCGUCGGGGUUUUCCUUUUCUCCGCACUGGGCUACACCAUGGAGCAGAACCACCCAGAGACCUUGUUCACAAGCAUCCCACAGUCCUUCUGGUGGGCUGUGAUCACCAUGACCACGGUGGGCUAUGGAGACGUUUACCCCAAGACAACUUUAGGUCGGUGUAAUGCUGCCAUCAGCUUUCUGUGCGGGGUGAUCGCAAUAGCGCUGCCUAUACACCCCAUCAUCAACAAUUUCGUGUUGUUCUACAACAAGCAACAGGUGCUGGAGACCGCUGCCAAGCAUGAGAUUGAAUUGAUGGCUCUGCGCUCAGGAGAGGGCGAGCUGGAGGCGGCUCCCGGUGCCCAUAAACAUGUCUGCGGAGCAGGGGUGUGGGACAGCGCUAUGCGCCCCUGUCACAGCGACACAUACAUCCCCUUACUGAAGGAUCCCAGGGGAGGGGCGGGGAUCCAGACACCCAGCAUGGACACAAGCUUUGAAAGCACAGCCGAGGCCUCUGAGUAUUUCAUCUCAUAAACACUAAGACUCAACGAAAAGACUCAGCAAAACAACAACAACAAAACAUCGAAUUAAUCAUUCAUAUUUGACCUAUUCCAACUUAACCCGCACACUUCAGGGUUAAUGAUACCACGAUGACUGGAUUGUAAAUAGCCUCGUUAAAAUAAUAAGUCCUGCAGUGUGCUCUCUAACGGAUCGUUAAUGCAUUUGAGAAUUGCACCUAUAAAGGGACAUACUUUGUGUGAGAUAUUGACUUUAUGAGCUGUGCCUUUGCACAGUGACUCCCUGUAGGGCUGUGGGCUUCUGUUUGAACAGUAGACACCAACUCCCCCAUGUAGGCUUCUUAUAUAAUAACCCCAUCCCCAAUCCCAAAUCCUCACACUCAUACUGUAGACUGCACUGUAGCCUAUUCCUCUGUACAGAUAUAUAUACUAUACUGUAUAAUAAAAUGGAUGUUUGUUUUUUUUAAAUAAAGAUUCUCAGCUCCUCCAGGAGAAAAGAGAAAUAGUUCCCCUGGUAUGUUUAUAAAGACGGUCUACUGGCAUGACAACUAAACUGAAGAAAAACCUCUUGGUAUAGGGACUUACUGUAUAGAGCCAUAAAGAUAAUGGCAGAAACAAAAUACUGGGUAAAGAAAAAUAAAGUAACAUAUCAUCUGGGCAGUUUGUUUCUGUUUCCGCUGGUGAUCGUAAGUGUAAUUUCUGUAACCGACACUGCAUUAAUAUGUGGUAUUAUAUCAGAUAAAAAAACCCAUCUGCUGUGCAGGCAUGAUAAAAGCUGUGUCAGUUCUAGAAGCUCUCAUGACUCCAGGAUAGGAACAUUACAUUCAGAAGCUGUCACAACUCUGCUCAUCCCCGGAGUGGAAAUACUGGAUCCCCAAGACAUUGGCGAGGGGAAGAAGCAACAGGCUGGAGGUUAAAGAAAAAAAAUAUUGAACUUUAACUUGAGUUUUUUUCAGAGUGCAGGCUAGCCCACCUGAAAGUCUGAGUGGAAAAGAUGAGAAUAUAAAAAAACAAAACAAUGAUGGGGACUUUUUUCCUAUUUGAUCAUAAAAAGACACAUUAUCAGGCUAGCAGCUUAUCAUCUCAGACAGAAGGUGUGAGAGCACCAAUAGGCAGUGCCAGUGUGUAAAAUGAGUCUUAAUGCAUUACUACUCUUAGUUUGAUAAUACUUGAAAGGAUGAAGUGCAUUCACACUGUGCAACGUGUUUUAAAAUUCUCUGUAAAUUGGCUUAAUGGGCACUAUACUUAGGAGUUCCACAGUUUGAAAGGUCUCAACUCCUACACCAUUAUUCUGAGUGACGUGAAACUUUCUGCACGAGAACAAUCUUUAGAAAAUACGGUAGGGGAGAUACAAUUAACAUUUGACACAUUGAAUGCAGAUGUCAUGUUUUAAAUGUCAGUGGUUAGAUUCUGUUGUAACCUGAAAUGUACAAUUUCUAUCAAGACUGUGUUCCUGUUUCCAGUGUUAUUGGGACAUUUCAUUUGAAUGUAAAAACAUGCUUUGUGCAUGCAGUUUUUCCACCAAAUUUGGGAACUUACAAAGAUGAAAA